AAAAACAAUAGCCCCCCAAAGAGCAGGGAAUUGAGAAUGAAAGCUACACACAAUACUAUUAGCGUCUUAAUGCUCCCAUGGUUAGCUCAUGGCCAUAUAUCACCCUUCCUAGAGCUAGCCAAGAAGCUCACAACUAGAGACAUUCAUAUUUAUUUUUGUUCUACAGCUAUAAACCUUGGCCCCAUCAAACAACAACUAGUUGAAAAGGAUUCACUUUCAAUAGAACUUGUGGAACUCCAUCUUCCAUCCUUACCUGAGCUUCCACCACACUACCACACAACCAAUGGCUUGCCACCCCAUCUCAUGCCCACACUCAAAAAGGCCAUGGACAUGGCUAGCCCAAACAUCACCACCAUUUUAAAGCAACUAAAGCCUGAUUUGGUUAUUUAUGAUUUUCUUCAGAUAUUGGCACCAUCACUAGCUCAGUCACAAAAUAUUCCAGCCAUCGAUUUCGUGGUCAUGAGUGCUACGAUAACAUCUUUUUAUAUGCACCUUGCCAACAACCCUGGUGUUGAAUAUCCUUCUCCAGAAAUUUAUCUUCAGGAUUAUGAGGUUGGUAAGUUCGCAAAUGAUACUGACGAUGGGGAUCGAAUACUAGAAUGCUUCCAACAAUCUUCUGAAAUCGUUUUGAUCAAAACUUUUCGAGAAAUCGAGGCAAAGCAUAUUGAUUAUCUCUCUGUUUUAGCGAAGAAGAAGAUUGUACCAGUCGGUCCACUUGUUCAAGACCCCGUUGAAGAAGAUGAGAAAAAGGAAAUCAUAGAGUGGCUUAAUGACAAGGAACCAUCAUCGGCUGUGUUUGUUUCGUUUGGCAGCGAGUUUUUUUUGUCAAAGGAGGAAAUGCAAGAGAUAGCUUAUGGGCUAGAGCUCAGCACGGCAAACUUCAUAUGGGUAGUGAGAUUUCCUCGAGGUGAGAAAGUCAAUCUUCAAAUGGCACUUCCAAAAGGUUUUCUUGAUAGGAUUGGAGAUAGGGGAAUUGUUGUAGAGGGAUGGGCACCACAAAAAACGAUUUUAAAGCACUCUAGCAUUGGUGGGUUUGUGAGUCAUUGUGGAUGGAGUUCUGUGAUGGAGAGCAUGACGUUUGGGGUUCCAAUUAUAGCCAUGCCAAUGCAUCUUGAUCAGCCAGUGAAUGCUAGGCUGGUGGAGGCAAUAGGUGCAGGUGUAGAAGUGAAGAGAGACACGAAAGGGAGGCUUGAAAGAGAAGAGGUGGCAAAGGUGAUUAGGAAGGUACUUGUGGAGAAAACUACAAAGAGGAAGGCAAAAGAAUUGAAGGAGAACAUCGAAAAUAAGGGAGAUGAAGAGAUUGAUGGAGUGGUGCAGGAGCUGCUACGACUUUGCAGCAAAUUAAAAGAAUAAGCAAUAGUAGGAAGUCGCAGCACACAAACAAUGUCUGCGCAGUUAAAUUUCCAGAACCUCACACCAUCCUUUGCUAGUUGUUCCUUUGUCUGGGUUAAUAGACUUUGUAAUGUUCCAGCACAUAAUGCUGCUAAGCUAGCUUUAUCUUCUUCUUGUUUCAGUUAUGACUUAUGACAAUCUGCUCCCUCCCUUAAGGUUAGCUUGUAAUGCAGAUUGUCCUUCUGUUCUUCCUUCUUAAUUUAAUGCAAUUGCAGCUUGUCCAAAAAAAAAAA